AGUCAGUCUAUUGUCUUACUAAUUGAUUGCAUAGCCUCCACUUGUCCAUGAACAGUUCAGUGCACUAGUUUAACAUUGCUCAGAACAGCUUGCCAUUCAUUUUCCAGUUCAGCUUUAAGAGUAAGGGGCCCAUCCCAUUUGACUUGCAGCUAUCGAGAAGUGAGUACGCCCUCGACUGGUCACCAGUCAAUGGCAGGACACAUAAAGACAAACAAUGGACUGGUCACCAGCUCGUAGGAUAUCAAAUAAAUGCUCAAUCUGCGUAUAAAUUGAUGUUUGGCUGGAGGAGGAUGCGGGGGUUUUCCAUGUUUGGGUCGAAAGCGAUUGGUUGGUCUUGUGGCUGCUGACAGGCAGCGUGUAAGAACCUUGCUGUGGAUUAUAUUGUCAGAUGGCUGUAAUCUGCGCUUUAUAAAUAUGAUGAAAGGAAGUCUGUCCUAUAAUUUGCCAUUUGUGGCGGACAAUACGUCGGGCGAGGGGAGGAGCACGUCGUAGGGACGGCGAGGACAGGACGAUAGGAUGAAUCCCUAAAGGAAGCUUGGAAACAGUGGCGCUUCACGUUUCUUGACGGCCACCGAGCCUCCACGGCAACGAGAUUAUGAAGAUUUGACGCAUCCACCGGGAGGCAAAAGCCGGUGGCCGAGCCUUAAAAGCCGGGAUUAGUCCCGCUUGUCGGUUUCCGGCCUGGACCAUGAGGCUGGAGCGCGGACGGCGGGCUUCUCUGGCACUGACCCUCAACUUCGUGGCGUUCGCUUUCGCCCUGUCUGCCGUCACCACCAGCUAUUGGUGCGAGGGCACCCGGAAGGUUGCCAAACCCUUUUGCACCGGGCCGCCCGUCAAGGUCAAGCAGUUUUUUUGUAUCCGCUUCAACAGCUCCAACAUCAACGACAGUCGCCUAGUGCAGUACAUCUUCGAGACCGGCGAGGAGAAGUUCUUGCUUAAGAAAUUCCACACCGGAAUCUUCUUCUCCUGCGAGCAGGCUGCCGAUAUGAACGGCUUCGACUGUCGGGACUUCUCGGAGAUCGCGCCGGAACACGAACGAGGGGUGUUGUGGUUGUGCAUCGUGGCCGAAACCUUGUACCUGACGCUGCUGUUUGCGGGCGGCGCCCUGAUGACCUUGGAGCAGUGUCCUUGCUUCAGCGUCAUGAACAAACUCAAGCUGAGUGCCUUUGCCGCCAUGUGCACUGCACUGUCAGGCCUUUGUGGGAUGGUGGCCCACAUGAUGUUCACCACCAUUUUCCAACUGGCUGUGGCCAUGGGUCCGGAAGACUGGAGGCCCAAGACCUGGGACUACAGUUGGUCUUAUGUCCUAGCGUGGGGGUCGUUCGGCACCUGCAUGGGCUCGGCAGUGACGGCGCUCAACCGCUACACCAAGACCAUCAUCGAGUUCAAGUUCAAGCGGAGGAACAUCGAGAAGAGUCUACUUGUCAAACAGAAGCUGCUGGAGCUGGACCUCCCCGACCACAUGUGGUACCUGACGGCCGAUGCAGAGGCGCGGCCAGAACUGCCGCUCAACGGUCACAAGCCACCCACCGGGGCUGCGUACGCCCUGGAAGUGGACCACAUGGUGGAGCUGCAAAGUGAAGCCUACUGCUAGAAAUACAAUUGAGGGGACUCGGACUUAAGUUGCCAAUUUUUAGGACUUGCUGGGCUAAAAAUCGAUGAAAGACUCGACGUGGGCUGUGUUCAGAAGCAUUCACUCAAUUUCGAGUUGACGUGAAUCCACCAAAAAUUCAGAUGCAGUGAUUGGAGAGUGCGAAAAUGGUAAACGUGAUGUAGGGAUUUUCACAUUGUGGACUACCUGUAUAUAAUUCAGUCACCAUUCAAAUGAAAAAGCUUUGGAUCAACGUCUGCUGGUUGACCUUCCAUCAUAAAUAUUGAACAAAUAAAUUAAUUUUAAUGACAUGAUAUUGAUUUAAGAUGAGUGCAUUUGGCCACAUGAACCCAAACAAAGCAUUUUAUGUCCAUUCUUGCUGUGGUAGGUUGUUUCUAUUUAAGAUAUUUUCAUGCCACAACUCGUCAAUUUAUAUUGUGCUGAAUAUCAAAUCAUUUUGCGAAAAUGAAAAUGUCAUGUCAUUUUCAGCACUGC